UGCAUCUUUUACAUUUUUUUUUUAAAGUUGUGACAGUGUUUCUUUCUAUUUGUGCUGCCCCCUCCUUCCCAAUCCCCCCCUCCUUUUUUUUUUCUCCCUCCUGACCCUGGCAAGAAUUCAGUACGGAGCAUGGGAUUAGUCUGCGGGGAGUUUGGGAGUCAAGAUGCAGAGCCAUCACACGGAGCACCUCUACAAGAUCCUAGUGAUCGGUGACCUGGGAGUCGGCAAGACCAGUAUCAUCAAACGCUACGUCCACCAGAACUUCUCCCCGCAUUACCGCGCCACCAUCGGCGUGGACUUCGCCCUCAAGGUACUGAGCUGGGAUUCAGACACCGUCGUCCGGCUACAGCUAUGGGAUAUCGCUGGUCAAGAACGGUUUGGAAACAUGACCCGAGUCUACUAUCGAGAAGCAGUAGGAGCCUUCAUUGUCUUUGAUGUAACAAGGCCAGCGACGUUUGAGGCUGUGACCAAAUGGAAAGAGGAUUUAGACUCAAAAUUGACUCUGUCUAAUGGUUUUCCAGUAUCCACAGUACUUCUAGCCAACAAGUGUGAUCAGGGAAAAGACGGCUUCAGAAACAACCUCACCAAAAUGGACCAGUUCUGCAAGGAGCACGGCUUUGUCGGCUGGUUCGAAACAUCAGCAAAGUCGUUCUCUGUUCUUCUGGAUGUCAUGCUCGACUGCAAAGCAUGCAGUAUCCCGAGAUACCAGGACGAAGCCUCCAAAUGCCUCGUGAAACACAUUAUCGCCAGUGAGACCGAUUUACUGCAGUCGGUGGAACCAGAUGUUGUAAAACCUCAGAUGAAUUCUUCCAAAAUACCUAGCUGUUCUGCUUGCCUUAAGUUCUAAUUUUCUCUAUAUUUUUUUUGGUCUUCUUUGGAACUGUUGUUAAAUAAAAAUCCAAUAAAGCG